AUGGAUGCAAAAGCUCGUAAUUGUUUACUUCAACACAGAGAAGCCCUGGAGAGGGACAUUAAGACCUCCUAUAUCAUGGAUCACAUGAUUAGUGAUGGAGUUUUAACAGUAGCAGAAGAGGAAAAAGUAAAAAUUGAGCCCACUCAACAGCAACGAGCAGCUAUGCUAAUUAAAAUGAUUCUUAAAAAAGAUAAUUAUUCCUACAUAUCAUUUUACAAAGCUCUACUACAUGAGGGGUAUAGAGAUCUGGCUGCCCUCCUCCAUGGUGGUGUUCCUGUUGUCUCGUCUUCCAAUGGCAAAGAUUCGGUUGAUGGGAUAACUUCAUAUGUAAGGACCGUUCUGUGUGAAGGUGGAGUACCACAGAGGCCGGUUGUUUUUGUUACUCGGAAGAAGCUGGUUAAUACAAUUCAGCAGAAGCUCUCCAGAUUGAAUGGUGAACCGGGAUGGGUCACCAUAUAUGGAAUGGCAGGCUGUGGGAAGUCUGUAUUAGCUGCAGAAGCUGUUCGAGAUCAUUCCCUCUUAGAAAGUUGUUUCCCAGGGGGUGUGCACUGGGUGUCAAUUGGGAAACAAGAUAAAUCUGGGCUUCUGAUGAAACUGCAGAAUCUUUGCGCACGGUUGGAUCAGGAUGGCAGUUUCUCCCAGAGGCUUCCACUUAAUAUUGAAGAGGCUAAAGACCGUCUUCGUAUUCUGAUGCUGCGCAAACACCCAAGGUCUCUCUUGAUCUUAGAUGAUGUUUGGGAUUCUUGGGUUUUAAAAGCUUUUGACAAUCAAUGUCAGAUUCUUCUUACAACCAGAGACAAGAGUGUUACAGAUUCAGUAAUGGGCCCUAAAUAUGUAAUUCCUAUGGAGAGUGGCUUAGGAAAAGAAAAAGGACUUGAAAUUUUAUCUCUCUUUGUUAAUAUGAAGAAAGCAGAUUUGCCAGAACAAGCUCAUAGUAUUAUAAGAGAAUGUAAAGGUUCUCCUCUUGUGGUGUCUUUAAUUGGUGCACUUUUACGUGAUUUUCCCAAUCGUUGGGACUACUACCUCAGGCAACUUCAGAAUAAGCAGUUUAAGAGAAUCAGGAAAUCUUCGUCUUACGAUUAUGAGGCUCUGGAUGAAGCCAUGUCUAUAAGUGUUGAAAUGCUCAGAGAAGACAUGAAGAGUUAUUACACAGAUCUUUCCAUCCUUCAGAAGGAUGUUAAAGUGCCUACAAAGGUAUUAUGUAUUCUCUGGGAUAUGGAAACUGAAGAAGUUGAAGACAUACUACAGGAGUUUGUUAACAAGUCACUCUUAUUCUGUGAUCGGAAUGGAAAGUCAUUUAGUUAUUAUUUACAUGAUCUUCAAGUAGAUUUCCUUACAGAGAAGAAUCGUAGCCAACUUCAGGAUUUGCAUAAGAAGAUGAUUACUCAGUUCCAAAGGCAUCACCAGCUAAACACUUUUUCAUCAGAUCAGGAGGACUGCAUGUACUGGUAUAACUUUCUGGCCUAUCACAUGGCCAAUGCCAAUAUGCACAAAGAACUUUGUGCUUUAAUGUUUUCCCUGGAUUGGAUUAAAGCAAAAACAGAACUUGUAGGCCCUGCUCAUUUGAUUCAUGAAUUUGUGGAAUACAGGCAUAUAUUGGAUGAAAAGGAUUGCACAGUCUGUGAGAAUUUUCAGGAGUUUUUAUCUUUAAAUGGGCACCUUCUUGGACGACAGCCAUUUCCUAAUAUUGUGCAGUUGGGUCUCUGUGAACCAGAAACUUCAGAAGUUUAUCAGCAAGCUAAGCUGCAGGCCAAGCAGGAGGCCGAUAAUGGAAUGCUUUACCUGGAGUGGAUAAACAAAAAAAACAUCAAGAACCUCUCCCGCUUAGUUGUCCGCCCUCAUACAGAUGCUGUUUACCAUGCCUGCUUUUCUGAGGAUGGUCAGAGAAUAGCGUCUUGUGGAGCUGAUAAAACUUUACAGGUGUUCAAAGCUGAAACUGGAGAGAAACUUGUAGAAAUCAAGGCCCAUGAAGAUGAAGUGCUGUGCUGUGCAUUCUCCACAGAUGACAGAUUCAUAGCCACCUGCUCCGUAGAUAAAAAAGUGAAGCUCUCUGUCUUCUGGAUUGAAGAGGUUCAGUCCACUGGGUCAAGUGAUUCCCUCCUCAAACUCUGGGAUUUGAAUCAAAAACGAUGUCGAAAUACCAUGUUUGGCCAUACAAAUUCAGUCAAUCACUGUAGAUUUUCACCAGAUGAUAAGCUUUUGGCCAGUUGCUCAUCUGAUGGAACAUUAAAGCUUUGGAAUGUGAGAUCAGCAAAUGAGUGGCAAAGCAUUAAUGUGAAGCAGUUCUUCCUGAGUUCAGAGGAGCCUCAAGAGGAUGUGGAAGUGAUAGUGAAAUGCUGUUCCUGGACUGCUGAUGGAGCCAGGAUAAUGGUGGCAGCAAGACAUAAAAUGUUUCUUUUUGACACUGACACCAGUGACCUUUUGGCAGAAAUCCACACAGGACAUCAUAGCAUCGUCCAGUCCUGUGACUUGUCUCCUCACAGCGAUUUGGCACUCGCAGCUUUGUCCCAGUACUGUGUGGAGUUGUGGAAUAUAGACUCGUGUGCAAAAGUAGCUGACUGCAGAGGACAUUUAAGUUGGGUUCAUUCUGUGAUGUUUUCUCCUGAUGGAUCAUCAUUUCUGACAUCUUCUGAUGAUCAGACAGUCAGGCUCUGGGAGACAAAGAAAGUAUGUAAGAACUCUGCUGUAGUGUUAAAACAAGAAAUAGAUGUUGUAUUUCAUGAGAGUGAAGUGAUGGUUCUUGCAGUUGACAAUAUAAAACGUCUACAACUCAUUAAUGGAAAAACAGGUCAGAUUGAUUAUCUGACUGAAGCUCAAGUUAGUUGCUGUUGCUUAAGUCCACGUCUUCAGUAUGUUGCAUUUGGAAAUGAAGACGGAGCCAUUGAGAUUGUAGAACUCCUAAAUGCCAAGAAACGCCAGUCCGUGAUUGGACACAAGAAAGCUGUGCGGCACAUGCAAUUCACAGCUGAUGAAAGGACUCUUAUUUCAAGCUCUGAUGACUCUGUAAUUCAGGUAUGGAAUUGGCACACAGGGGAAUAUGUGUUUCUAGAAGCCCAUCAGGAACCAGUGAAAGACUUCAGGCUCUUGAAAAAUUCAAGACUGCUUUCUUGGUCAUUUGAUGGAACAGUGAAGGUGUGGGAUAUUAUUACUGGGAGAAUGGAAAAAGACUUUGUCUGUCACCAGGAUACAGUCCUUUCUUGUGAUAUUUCUCCAGAUGCUGCCAAGUUUUCAUCUACCUCUGCUGAUAAGACUGCAAAGAUUUGGAAUUUUGAACUCUUUUCCCCUCUUCAUGAAUUAAGGGGCCACAAAGGUUGUGUGCGCUGCUCUGUCUUCUCUGUGGACAGUACCCUGCUGGCGACUGGUGAUGACAACGGAGAAGUCAGGAUAUGGAAUGCCUCAAAUGGUGAGCUACUUCACUUAUGUGCUCCACUUUCAGUAGAAGAAGGGGUUGCUACCCAUGGAGGCUGGGUGACGGACCUUUGCUUUUCUCCAGACAGCAAAAUGCUUGUCUCUGCUGGGGGCUAUCUUAAGUGGUGGAAUGUUGUCACUGGGGAUUCUUCACAGACCUUCUACACAAAUGGAACCAAUCUGAAGAAAAUACACGUGUCCCCUGACUUCAAAACAUGUGUGACUGUUGAUAAUCUUGGUAUUUUAUAUAUUUUACAGAUUUUAGAGUAA